UAAUUAAAGUGGGAGAGUAUACUACAGAGCCACAGAUUUGCCUGAUUUACCUUCACACUUGACACUCCCACCGAAUCAGCGGCAGUUCUUCUCCGACAGCCAAACAAAAGAAUUAAUUAAUUAGAAGAAAGAGAAAAUAAAGAAGAGAGAGAGGGGGGAGGGAGGGAAAGAAACACUCACACAGCAACCUCCUCUCUCCCUCCCACUCCAUUUCUUUCUCCAGUUUCUGCUUUGGCACAAGUAAAAGAUUCUGCAGAAGAAGAAAAGAGACAACCCAGUUUCGAGAUCUGGGUCGUCGCCAUUGAUGAUGUUUGAGUUGUUGUCGGUGCUGUAGCGGUGGGUCGUUUGAAGUAGGGGAGUUAGGGCUCACUGUACUGAGCUUUGCCUCUAUGUGCUUCCCCUGUUUUGGUUGAAUCAAUGGACGAUUGGUUAGAGUAGCUAAGCUGGUAUGCUUCUCUGGUGGAGGAGGAAGAGGAAGAGCUGGAUCAGUUACAAGACGGGGGUUCUUCGGAAUUUUCAUUUUCAGCGGUGCCCAGGUGGCCACAGUGAGGGCUAGGAUCAAAUGCCAGAGUCUCCCUCCCCUGAACCUCAAGAACUGAUAUCCUCAUCUAUUUCUCAGCCCAGGGAAACAAAUGGAACAGCGGGAAUGGAUGAUUCAGAAAGUACCAUGUCCACUGUUGCUCAUUUCAUUGAGCAGCUACGUUCCAACAUGUCAUCACCUCAUGAAAAAGAGCUUAUUACAGCACAACUGCUUGAUCUUUCUAAAGAAAGAAAAGAGGCAAGGAUACUUAUUGGUUCCCACUCACAGGCAAUGCCGUUAUUUAUAUCCAUCCUCAGGAGUGGUGCACCUAUGGCCAAAGUGAAUGUUGCUGCAACUCUGAGUGCUCUCUGUAAGGAAGAAGACUUACGGGUGAAGGUCCUGCUGGGAGGGUGCAUACCACCAUUGCUGUCACUUCUGAGGUCUGAAUCAACUGAAGGGAGGAAGGCAGCUGCAGAGGCAAUCUAUGAAGUUUCCUCCGGUGGACUAUCAGAUGACCAUGUGGGUAUGAAAAUAUUUGUCACAGAAGAUGUAGUUCCCACCCUUUGGGACCAGCUCAAGAACAAACAGGACAAAGUGGUUGAAGGUUUUGUGAUAGGAGCCUUGAGGAAUCUUUGUGCAGACAAGGAUGGGUAUUGGAGGGCUACACUUGAGGCUGGGGGAGUAGAUAUUAUUGUUGCACUUCUUUCUUCUGAUAAUGCUGCUGCUCAGUCCAAUGCAGCCUCUCUAUUAGCUCGUUUGAUGUUAGCUGUCAGUGACAGCAUCCCCAAAGUUAUAGAUGCUGGUUCUGUUGAUGCACUGCUUCGACUUGUGGGUAGGAAAAAUAAUAUUUCUGUUCGUGCAAGUGCCGCUGAUGCUUUAGAGGCUCUUUCAUCCAAUUCGACAAGGGCUAAGAAAGCAGUGGUGGAUGCAGAUGGCAUACCCAUUCUCAUUGGGGCUGUAGUGGCUCCUUCUAAAGAGUGUAUGCAAGGGGAGUGCGGCCAGGCUCUACAAGGACAUGCAAUACGUGCUUUGGCAAACAUUUGUGGAGGGAUGUCUUCUCUUAUACUUUAUCUUGGAGAACUGUCCCAUUCGUCCCACUUGGCUGCUCCGGUUUCUGAUGUAAUUGGAACACUUGCCUACUCAUUAAUGGUCUUUGAACAGGCAUCUAGUGUUGAAGAGCCAUUUGAUGUGAGACAGAUAGAAGAUAUCCUAGUAAUGUUAUUAAAGCGUCGAGAUAAUAGUCUGAUUCAAGAGCGUGUCCUUGAGGCCCUGGCCAGUCUCUAUGGAAACACAUGUCUCUCAAGAUGGAUCAAUCAUGCUGUUGCAAAGAAAGUGCUCAUUGGACUGAUAACCAUGGCAUCAGCYAAUAUGCAAGAAUACCUGAUUCUCUCUCUAACUAGACUAUGCUGCAACAGUGUAGGCCUCUGGGAGGCAAUUGGAAAGAGAGAGGGUGUUCAGUUAUUGAUAUCACUGCUAGGUUUGUCUACUGAACAGCAUCAAGAGUAUACUGUUGCAUUACUUGCUAUUUUGGCAGACCAUGUUGAUGACAGCAAGUGGGCUAUAACUGCAGCUGGUGGCAUUCCACUGCUGGUGCAAUUAUUAGAGAUGGGAUCACAGAAGGCAAGGGAAGAUGCAGCACAUUUGUUGUGGAUUUUAUGCUGUCACAGUGAAGACAUACGUGCCUGUGUUGAAAGUGCUGGAGCUGUCCCAGCAUUCCUAUGGCUAUUAAAAAGUGGUGGGCCUAAGGGACAAGAAGCUUCAGCAAUGGCACUUACGAAGAUUAUUCGAUAUGCUGAUUCUGCCACCAUUAAUCAGCUUUUGGCUUUGCUACUGGCAGAAUCUCCAAGCUCAAAGGCCUACAUUAUUAGGGUAUUGGGCCAUGUACUUACUAUGGCAUCCCACAGAGACCUUGUGCAGAAGGGAGCUCCUGCUAAUAAAGGUCUUAGGUCUCUUGUCCAGGUUCUCAAUUCCUCAAAUGAGGAGACUCAAGAAUAUGCAGCUUCAGUUCUUGCUGAUCUGUUUAUCAAUAGACAAGAUAUCUGUGAUAGUCUUGCAACUAAUGAGAUUGUCCGCCCUUGCAUGAAUCUUUUGACCAGCAAGACUCAAGUUAUUGCAAAACAAUCAGCUCGAGCUUUGAGUGCUCUGUCCCGUCCAACCAAGGUUAAGUCAACAAACAAGAUGUCUUAUAUUGCUGAAGGUGAUGUCAAGCCUCUAAUUGAGCUAGCAAAAACAUCUUCUAUCGAUGCUGCUGAGACUGCCUUGGCUGCACUAGCCAAUCUUCUCUCUGAUCCUCAGGUAGCUGCUGAAGCUUUGGCAGAAGAUGUUGUCUCAUCUUUGACAAGGGUACUAGGAGAAGGGAGUUUAGAAGGAAAGAAGAAUGCAUCACGUGCCCUUUAUCAGUUAUUAAAUCAUUUUCCAGUGGGAGAUGUUCUCACAGGAGAUGCUCAGUGCCGCUUUGUAGUUCUUGCACUUGUUGAUUCAUUGACUGGAAUGGACAUGGAUGGUACUGAUUCCACUGAUGCUCUAGAAGUAGUUGCAUUGUUGGCUAGGACAAAGCUGGAUAUGAACUUUACUUAUCCCCCAUGGGCUGCACUUACUGAAGUUCCCUCCAGCAUAGAGCCACUGUUAUGCUGCUUGGCUGAUGGACUUCCUCCUGCACAAGACAAGGCAAUAGAAAUUCUGUCUAGGUUAUGUGGUGAUCAACCAGUUUUGCUAGGUGAUAUGUUGGUUGCAAAACCAAGAUCUAUUGCUUCACUAGCUAAUAGAGUAAUGAACUCAUCCAGUCUAGAAGCAAGAGUUGGAGGGACUGCAUUACUCAUUUGUGCUGCAAAGGAACACAAACAGCAGUCAAUGGAUGCACUCGAAGGGUCAGAUUUUCUAAAGCCACUCAUUUAUGCUCUAGUUGAAAUGAUCAAGUGUAAUUCUAGCUGCUCUUUAGAAAUUAAAGUAAGAAUACAUAGGGGUUAUAUGGGAAGGACUGUAUUCCAGGAAGGGCAUGAAUUUGGGGCUCCUGAUCAAGUCACUGUCUUGGGUAGUAGGGUAGUUGCUUUGUGGUUGCUUUCAAUAAUUUCUUCAUUUCAUGCAAUGAAUAAAAUUACUGUUAUGGAAGCUGGAGGACUGGAGGCUCUUUCUGAUAAGCUUGCAAAUUAUACAGCCAAUCCACAGGCAGAGGAUAAUGAAGGUAUAUGGAUUAGUGCCCUGCUUUUGGCUAUUUUGUUCCAGGAUGCGAAUGUUGUUCUUUCUCCGUCCAGCAUGAGGAUUAUACCUUCACUUGCCCUUCUGUUCAGGUCUGAUGAAGUGAUUGAUAGAUACUUUGCAGCUCAGGCAAUGGCUAGUCUUGUUUGUAAUGGAAGUAAAGGUAUUCAACUCAGCAUUGCAAAUUCAGGUGCAGUUACAGGGUUAAUAACUCUAAUUGGUUACAUAGAAUCGGAUAUGCCAAAUCUUGUUGCUCUAUCAGAAGAAUUUUCUUUGCCAUGUAACCCUGAUCAAGUUGUUCUGGACCACCUGUUUGAAAUUGAAGAUGUAAGAAAUGGCUCUACUGCACGCAAAUCAAUACCUUUGUUAGUGGAUCUCUUGAGACCAAUGCCAGAUAGGCCCGGUGCCCCUCCAAUUGCUGUACGCCUUUUGACCCAUCUUGCAGAUGGUAGUGAUGCCAACAAACUGGCUAUGGCAGAAGCUGGAGCUCUGGAUGCUUUAACAAGAUACCUGUCUCUGAGUCCCCAAGACACAACUGAGACGACUAUAUCUGAACUAUUGAGAAUCUUAUAUAGCAGCCCUGAUCUUCUUCGCUAUGAAGUCUCACUUAGUUCUUUGAAUCAACUCAUAGCUGUUCUGCGUUUAGGAUCAAGAAGUGCUAGGUUCAGUGCUACCAGGGCUCUGCAUGAACUUUUUGAUUCUGACAAUAUCAGAGACACUGAAUUAGCCAGGCAAGCCAUUCAACCAUUGGUUGACAUGCUUAAUGCUGGAUCAGAGAGAGAGCAACAGGCAGCUCUUGUUGCACUGAUAAAGUUGACAUCAGGAAAUGUUUCAAAGGUAUCAUAUCUGACAGAUGUGGAAGGAAAUCCACUUGAGACCCUGUACAAGAUUUUAGCAUCUUCUUACUCACUGGAGUUGAAGAAAAAUGCUGCACAACUCUGUUAUGUUCUGUUUGGUAAUUCAAAAAUGCGAGCAAUGCCAAUUGCCACUGAGUGUAUAGAGCCCCUCAUAUCACUCAUGCAGUCAAGUACAAGUGCAGCAGUGGAAGCUGGGGUAUAUGCUUUUGAGAAGCUGUUGGAUGAUGAAAAACAAGUUGAACUUGCUGCAGCAUAUGAUGUUGUGAAUCUUCUUGUUGGCUUGGUCACUGGGUCAAACAAUCAGCUUACUGAGGCUAGCAUCAAUGCUCUCAUAAAGUUGGGGAAGGACCGUACUAACUGCAAAUUGGAUAUGGUCAAAGCUGGGAUUAUUGACAAUUGUCUUGAGUUACUCCCUUCCUCAUCUGAUUCAUUAUGUUCCUCAAUUGCUGAAUUGUUCCGCAUCUUAACAAACAACAGUGGGAUUUCAAAAAGCUCAGCUGCUGCGAGAAUGGUAGAGCCUCUUUUCUUGGUUUUACUCCGUCCAGAUUUAAGUAUGUGGGGACAGCACAGUGCCUUGCAAACCCUUGUCAAUAUUUUGGAGAAACCGCAAAGCCUUGCAACUUUGAAGCUUACCCCUAGCCAAGUAAUUGAACCUCUGAUUACAUUCUUGGAAUCCCCAUCUCAAGCCAUCCAGCAGUUAGGCAGUGAGCUGUUGUCUCAUCUUCUAGCACAGGAGCAUUUCCAACAAGACAUCACAACACAAAAUGCAAUAGUGCCUCUUGUGCAGCUUGCAGGAAUUGGAAUUUUGAACUUACAGCAAACUGCUAUAAAGGCAUUAGAAAGUAUCUCUACCAGCUGGCCCAAGGCAGUUGCUGAUGCCGGGGGUAUUUUUGAGCUCUCUAAAGUUAUUAUUCAAGACGACCCUCAACCACCACAUGCAUUGUGGGAAUCAGCUUCAUUGGUCCUAUCAAAUGUUUUACGGAUAAAUGCUGAGUACUACUUCAAAGUUCCUCUAGUGGUCCUGGUGAGACUGUUGCAUUCGACAUUGGAGAGCACUAUUACAGUUGCUCUAAAUGCCCUAACUGUUCAAGAGAGGAAUGAUGCUUCCAGUGCUGAACUGAUGGCUGAGGCUGGUGCAAUAGAUGCAUUACUGGACCUUCUAAGAUCUCAUCAGUGUGAAGAAGCAUCUGGAAGACUACUUGAAGCCUUAUUUAACAAUGUUAGGGUGCGAGAAAUGAAAAUUACUAAGUAUGCCAUAGUUCCUUUAUCUCAAUAUCUUUUGGAUCCACAAACCAGAUCACAGCAAGGAAGGCUUCUUGCAGCUCUUGCUCUGGGUGAUCUCUUCCAGCAUGAAGAACUUGCUAGAGCCAGUGACUCUGUGUCUGCAUGCCGUGCUCUAAUAAGCUUGCUUGAAGACCAACCAACUGAAGACAUGAAAAUGGUGGCCAUCUGUGCAUUACAAAACUUGGUUAUGCACAGCAGGACAAAUAGGCGAGCUGUUGCAGAAGCAGGUGGCAUAUUGGUAAUUCAGGAACUUCUACUUUCUCCAAAUUCAGAAGUUGCUGCUCAAGCAGCAUUGCUGAUCAAAUUCCUAUUUUCUAAUCACACACUUCAAGAAUAUGUAUCAAAUGAACUCAUCAGAUCUUUGACAGCUGCAUUAGAGAAAGAAUUGUGGUCAACAGCAACUAUCAAUGAAGAGGUCCUCAGAACCAUAAAUGUGAUAUUCAGCAACUUCUCUAAGCUUCAUAUUUCUGAGGCAGCUACCCUGUGCAUCCCCCAUUUGGUAGGAGCGCUCAAGGCUGGCAGUGAGGCAGCUCAGGAAUCUGUACUGGACACACUGUGUUUAUUGAAACAGUCAUGGGCAACCAUGCCAAUAGACAUUGCUAAAGCACAAGCUAUGAUUGCUGCUGAAGCUAUUCCUGUCUUGCAAUUGCUGAUGAAAACUUGCCCACCAAGCUUCCACAAGAGAGUAGACAGCCUAUUGCAUUGCUUGCCUGGAUGUUUAACAGUGACCAUUAAGCGUGGUAAUAACUUAAAGCAAACCAUGGGAAGCACAAAUGCCUUCUGCCGGUUGACUAUAGGAAAUGGUCCUCCACGUCAGACAAAGGUAGUUAGCCAUAAUACAUGUCCAGAAUGGAAAGAAGGGUUUACUUGGGCCUUUGAUGUACCUCCAAAAGGCCAAAAGCUUCACAUCAUUUGUAAAAACAAAAAUACAUUCGGGAAGACAACUCUUGGGAGAGUGACAAUCCAGAUAGACAAAGUGGUUACAGAGGGAGUAUACAGUGGGUUCUUCAGCCUUAACCAUGAUAACAACAAGGAUGGAUCUUCUCGGACAUUAGAAAUCGAGAUCAUCUGGUCUAAUAGGACAUCAAAUGAGAACAUGUAAAUUGAGUAGUCUGCAUUUCUACUUAUACACUUAUACACAGAAAUGGUUAGUUCAGAAAGCUUUUCAAAAAUAUGGGCAGCGGGGAUAUAAUAUUCCCAUCCCAAUCUGUAAGUUGGUUAGGUUAUUUGUUUGUAAGUAUUAUUUCUGCGAUGCCCAUUUUUGUAGCUGUUAGAGAUUGUGCUGCUGAGGUUAAAUGUAAAUGUUAAUUAAGUUGCAGAGGGGUUUUUAAUAACAGCUGAAAUGGCUGAAUUGAAUGAUUUA